AUGUUGAGCCUCGCGGCCAAGCUGUUGGCCUUCUUCUGGAGGACGGCGGACACCCCUAGGGAGGAAGCCGGGCGGCUGGAGCCCGAGCUCGCGGAAGGUGGCUCGCGGGAGGCGGCGGGGCGGCCGGGUGGGAGGCGGGUCCCGGGCCCUCGCGUGUCAGCCACGAGGGAGCCGCGCCCCGAGGUCUUUGAGUGCGGUGACACUAAGCUGAAAACUGUACGGGGUGUCGUGACAAGGUACUGCAGCGAUUAUGGCAUGAUUGAUGAUUUGAUCUACUUCUCCAGUGAUACUGCGACUAGCAAAGUACUUCUGAAUGUUGAACAGGAAGUGAUUGCAGUUGUGGAAUUAAAUAAAGUGUCCAAUGGACUGAAAGCAAUCAGGGUAGAAGCUGUCUCUGAUAAAUGGGAAGACGACAGCAGAAACCAAAGCAGUCCCUCAAACUGCAGCCCCCGAGUGUUGAUUGGCUGUGUGACUUCUCUGGUGGAGGGCGCAGGCUAUCAGACCACCUACUUCUCUCUGGAGAGUGUGUGCGAAGGCUUUGAGCCCUGCAAGGGAGACUGGGUAGAGGCUGAGUACUGGAUCCGGCCCGGCACAUGGAGCAGCAAAGCCACCUCAGUGAAGCCGCUGAGAUACAAGCGCGUGGACAAGGUCUGCAUCUCUAGCCUCUGUGGAAGGAACGGGGUGAUAGAGGAAAGCAUCUUCUUCACCUUGGACUCCUUGAAACUGCCAGACGGGUACACACCCCGGAGAGGUGACAUGGUCAAUGCAGUGGUGGUGGAGAGCAGCCAGUCGUGCUAUGUCUGGAGGGCGCUCUGUAUGACCCUAGUGAAGAGGCGAGACAACCGCCCCCUUCAUGAGGCCACUCAGUUCUAUGGAACCAUUUUGUUGAAGCAACAAGGUGAUAUUGAAGUUACAGGAACACAUUUUGGAACCCUAGAAGGAGAAAGAAAAACCAUAGUAGUCUGGAUAGAGAAUAAAGGAGACAUUCCUCAAAACUUAGUCAGCUGUAAACUGGCUGGCUGGGAUCAAUCUAAACAAUUCAGAUUUCAAAUGCUGAAUAAAGACCAGACGUGCCCCAUGGUCUUUGUUUCUGUUCCUGAAAAGGAGAAUUCAUCAGAUGAAAAUGUUAGUUCAUUAAAUAGCCACACAAAAAACACAGUCUCUCAGAUGUCAGAGAACGGUUUGGUGAACAACAGAAGAAUCUCUCCAGGUGAUUAUACCUGUAAAGGAGAAAAUGGAGAAAAAGACAACAUUCUCUCAAGGAAGCAGAUGACAGAGCCCGAGCCUGGGGGGCUUGUCCCUCCAGGGGGAAAAACCUUCAUUGUGGUCAUAUGUGAUGGAAAAAAUCCUGGCCGCUGCAAGGAGCUCCUUUUGCUUUGUUUUUCCAAUUUCCUGAUUGGGUGAUAUCUUGAAGUAAAUGUUAUCAGUGGGGAGGAGUUACUAAUUGCUGUGCGUGAACCAUUUUCUUGGAAAAAGCUUAAAAGUUCACAAGCAUUAACAUCUGCAAAAACUACAGUUGUUGUGACCACACAGAAAAGAUACCCUAAGAACUCAAUACAACAACUUCCAAGUUUUCUUCCACAAUAUCCAAUCCCAGAUAGACUUAGAAAAUGUGUGGAACAAAAAAUUGACAUCCUGACUUUCCAGCCAUUACUUGCAGAGCUUCUGAGCAUGUCAAAUUACAAGGAGAAGUUUUCGACUUUGCUGUGGCUUGAGGAGAUUUAUGCAGAAAUGGAACUGAAAGAGUAUAACAUGAGCGGGAUCGUCUUAAGAAGGAAUGGGGAUCUGCUGGUUCUGGAGGUCCCAGGGCUGGCCGAAGGGAGACCUUCUCUGUACACAGGUGAUAAACUGAUUUUAAAAACUCAAGAGUACAAUGGACAUGCCAUCGAAUACAUCAGCUACGUGACUGAGAUUCAUGAAGAAGAUGUAAUUCUUAAAAUUAAUCCAGAAUUUGAACAAGUCUAUAACUUUGAACCUAUGGAUGUGGAAUUCACAUAUAAUAGGACUACAAGCAGACGGUGUCACUUUGCACUUGAGCAAGUCAUCCACUUAGGUGUAAAAGUGUUGUUUCCAGAAGAAAUUAUUUUACAGUCUCCCCAAGUGACAGGAAAUUGGAACCAUGAACAAGACGCCAAAAGCAAUGGACAGUCCACCAGCAAAAAGAAUAGGAAAACGAUGACGGACCAAGCUGAACAUGGAACAAAAGAGAGAAGUGUUGGUGACAAGGACCUGCCGGCGCUGACGCCCUUUACUGCAGAGAUGAGUGAUUGGGUAGAUGAAAUUCAGACCCCUAAAGCAAGAAAGAUGGAGUUUUUCAAUCCAGUGCUAAAUGAAAAUCAGAAGUUAGCAGUUAAAAGGAUUCUGAGUGGCGACUGCCGUCCCCUCCCGUAUAUUCUCUUUGGACCUCCUGGGACUGGAAAAACAGUGACAAUAAUAGAGGCUGUUUUACAGGUACACUUUGCCUUGCCAGACAGUCGGAUUUUAGUCUGUGCACCCUCCAACAGCGCCGCUGACCUCGUGUGUCUGCGGCUGCACGAGAGCAAGGUGCUACGGCCAGCCUCCAUGGUCCGGGUGAACGCCACCUGCAGGUUUGAGGAGAUAGUCAUCGAUGCCGUCAAACCGUAUUGCAGAGACGGAGAAGACAUCUGGAAAGCCGCACGCUUCCGGAUAAUCGUCACCACUUGCAGCAGCUCAGGGCUGUUUUACCAAAUAGGAGUGAGAGUUGGACACUUCACUCACGUGUUUGUGGACGAGGCUGGGCAGGCAAGUGAGCCGGAAUGCCUCAUUCCUCUGGGGCUGAUGUCAGACGUCAGUGGUCAGAUUGUGCUGGCAGGAGACCCCAUGCAGCUUGGCCCAGUCAUUAAGUCCAGACUCGCCAUGGCCUAUGGGCUGAACGUGUCCUUGUUGGAACGGCUGAUGUCUCGACCUGCGUACCAGAGGGACGAAAAUGCUUUCGGUGCUUGUGGCGCACAUAACCCCCUGUUGGUCACAAAGCUGGUGAAGAACUACCGGUCCCACGAGGCCCUGCUGACCCUGCCCUCACGGCUCUUCUACCACAGGGAACUCGAGGUCUGUGCAGACCCUACAGUGGUGACCUCUUUGCUGGGCUGGGAGAAGUUGCCUAAGAAAGGCUUCCCUCUCAUCUUCCAUGGUGUGCGGGGCAGCGAGGCACGGGAGGGAAAAAGCCCAUCGUGGUUCAACCCGGCCGAGGCCGUCCAGGUCCUGCGCUACUGCUGCCUCCUGGCCCAGAGUAUCUCCAGUCAGGUGUCUGCCAGCGACAUUGGCGUCAUCACGCCCUACCGGAAGCAGGUGGAGAAAAUCAGAAUUCUUUUGCGUAAUGUUGAUCUGAUGGAUAUAAAGGUUGGAUCAGUAGAGGAGUUUCAAGGACAAGAGUAUCUGGUCAUCAUCAUUUCGACCGACCCCUGUUUUGGUGCUUUGCUGGAAUACAGUGUUACAAAUGGUGUUUACAUGGGAUGCGAUUUACCUCCUGAACUGCAGUCUCUGCAAAACUGUGACGAGGGGGUGGCAGACCCCUCCUACCCAGUGGUGCCAGAAUCCACAGGACCAGAGAAGCAUCAGGAGCCCAACUGAUCUGCACUGGCUGACAGCAGGGAAACCAUGUGUUCGGCCUGGCCACAUUGCCGUUUCCAUCUGCUCCGUGGCUCCUGUGGCCUGCCCUUGUCUCACAGCCAGGCAGGGCCAUGUGUGGGUGUGGGGCUGCCAGGUUGAACCCAGCUACUGCUGCCCUGACUUUGGCAUAUGCCAGCCUAUUCCUGCCACGGGGCAGUCACUGCCGCCCACCCUGAAAUAAACCCUCGAGUGACCCCCA